CGUCUUCGUCCACCAAGCCCACUUUAGUCUUGCUACCUCAAUGACAGGCUCACAUCUCGACCACGCGGUCGAGAAAUUUACCAACUUCGACGGCACUUUUCAUACCGAGCUUGCAUGUGUUCACGGAUCAGUAUGGCUUCGCCCAUGUAUACCAUGUAUUGGAAUCAAGGACAAGUGCAACACUCCGACUCCCCAUAAGUGUAAGAGGGCUCUAGAGGAUUAUAAGACGGAUAAAAACGAGCGUACUACGGCUCGAGACGAGUGUACUGAUACUCCACACCACUGUUCUCAAACCCCACAUACUCGACUCGUCGACUACGCAGUUUUCUCUAAAAGACGAACGGUGUUUAGCUCUUUAUCUGAUCCGAAGCCGCUUUGGAUUCCUCAUCCAGGCUCCGUUCCGGAAUACCCCUCGGGUCGCUUUGAUCGAUUGGAGUUUGAGAGGGCAGUUCUCUCUGAUCUGCUCUCGAAAGCCGAGCCAGGUGAACUUCGGCGAAACACUGUGGCAUCAAACUACGUAUAUCGUGGUUAUCAGGUUGCGUUGUUCGUCUGGACCGAUCCGCUUCCGAUGUUGCCCAAGUUCGAACCCACCCUACCGACUCGAUACGUUGAGAUGCGCACGUAUUUCCCCUCUCUAGAAAACUUUCGGCAACUCUUUCACUGGCCUCCACCAGACAAAGACUUUGACUCCCGAGAAGACAUCGUGUCCUAUUGCGAAGAAGUCGUGAGGCUACAGCAACAGGUACCAAAAGCGAGGCAGUAUGAUGGAAAAUUGUCAGGGCAAGGCUGCGGGAUUUCGGGAGCUAUUGAUCCUCCUGGGGGGCGUGUUGCUGCAGUCUCAGAAAAGCAGAGCCUUGAUGGGCCUGAUAGGUCGCACCCUUGGUACCUCAGAGGCCCAACGGAAGAGGGUCAAUAUCACUGCCCCGAUAAAGAAUGUCGUGAACAUCUCCCCACACGUUCCACCCCUUCUUACCAGAUGUACGUUGACUGCCACACGAAACCUUACAGAUGCCGUAUACGCGGUUGCAACAUCAGGUUCAUAUAUAAAGAAAGCCGCAUAAUGCAUGAAGAGGUUGCUUCUCAUAUGGACGCGCUCGACUGUCGUGCCCUUCGGUCGUAGACCAUGGCGGUGUGGGAGGGACUUGCUUGCCACUAGCAUUAAUCGGGCUAAGAUACCACCCGCGACCUCCGAAUAUUUUAGCAGACGUUAAACUCAACUCCACGCUAUGCUUAGGUGGAUAGUAUGGGCUUGGACACC